AUCUUUUUUUUUUUUUACUAUGAAGCUUUCCUUGUCUGUCCUUACUGCUUUUGGUCUUCUUGCUGGUGUUCGAGCAGCUGCUAGUUGUAGUGCCAAUGCCUUGUCUUGUCAUGUAUCUGGUACUGUAGAUGCCUGUUGUUCACCUACUUAUGGUCUGGUUGUCCUUACCCAACAAUGGGCUCCUGGAUAUGGUCCUUCUGAUGAAUUCACACUUCAUGGUUUAUGGCCUGAUACUUGUUCUGGUGCCUAUGGUCCUUCCAGUGGCUGUGACUCAAGCAGAAGCUCAAGCGCCAUUGCUAGUGUCAUUCGCUCGAAGGACAGUGCUCUCUACAACCGUAUGCUUACUUACUGGCCUAGUAACACGGGCGAUAAUAACAGGUUCUGGUCUCAUGAAUGGACUAAACAUGGCACUUGUGUCAGUACACUUCGUCCUACUUGUUAUGGUUCAUCUUAUGAGCAAUACGACGAUGUGGUUGACUACUUUAAAAAAGCACUUGAUCUUCGUGACCAAUAUGAUCUUUACGGUGCUCUCAACUUGAACGGUGUUACUCCUGGUGGCUCUUACGAUGCUGAUACUAUCCGUAGUGCUAUCAAGAGUGCUUUUGGUGCUGAACCCAAACUAGACUGUAUCAGUGGUAGUUUGUCUGAAGUAGGCCUUAACUUUUAUGUUAGAGGCACAAGCAACUAUGAAAUCACAGAUGUCUUGGACAACGGCAACUGUGAGGGUUUUAUCGAUUACCCUGAAAAAUAAUUAUUUAUUUACACUAUAUUAAAAAUCAUAAUCAUCGUCUUCCAUGGCAUCUCUUCCACGUUUCAUUGGUUCUUGUUCUAUUGUUGUUGUUGUUGUUGUUUCUUGUGUAU